AUGCCCAAAAAGCAUCACAACCACUCAUUUUCAAAACCUGCCAGCACUGCCCAUCAUACCUUAGCGUCGUCCGGCCCUCGCGGUAGCAAUGAUCGUUUUCGACCGUCCCAGGCGUCAUCUAACGCCGAGUCAUCCUCCGUCAACGAUCUGAUCAACCACCUUCGUCGCACUCAAGUGUCCCCCCGGACUGCUGAAGAUGGACAGGAAAGCCCGUUCAGGCAGAUUGCUUCUCGUUCCGUGCAUCCGUCCCUGCGAAACCUACUAGAGCUACCAGAAAUCCCCCCUCCUCGACCUCGUCCGGGUGCUCGGCGCGUUGGAAUCGGCGGGCGACCGUCGAGAAGAACGGCUGGCCCUCCACCGCCGGAAAGCUGGCUUCUGGGGAACGCUGCCGGGGAUAAUUCCGAAGACAAUGAGGCCGCGGGUCUGGGGAAUUCACAAACGGAAAGAAUCAUCUAUCGUCUAGAUCGUCUGCCGGGCAAAACUAUGCCUGAACGACACACCCUCCUACACACGGUGCUCAAGUCGAUGGCUUCCCACUGGGUGUGGCAUGUACAUUAUGAUGGACAAUUUUUGGACACGUUACCGAGUCAUAUUAAAAUGCUCCUGCUGAGUUACAUAGGCAUCUAUGCGCGAGACCAGGCGAUAGCGGGGGUAAUGCAAGGCCUACGUCCACUGUUUGAGAAACAGCAGUUGGAUAGCCAGGAUGAAGAGGAUGGAUUCGACCGGCUUCGGCAUGAAUCGGAGGUUGUACGGCUUGAUUUGGGCAGUGCCAUCGGACGGUGGAUUAGUGUCAACCAACUUUCCCAUGAGCUGGUAGCGUCGCGAGGGUCAACCCCCGCACAACACAAGCAGGAACUCGUUCCUUCUUCUUGGGAUGCCGAGGCUGACGAGGACGGUGACAAGCCCACCAGCGCCGAUCACAGUGCGCCUCUUCCGCAGACACUCAGUCAAGGGCCCCGCUUCCACAAUCUACGUUAUCUCUCCCUCGCACAUCCAACUGCUGCAAAUUGGAACUCGCUCAUCAACCUCUUAUCGCGUCUAUCAACCCUCACUCAUCUAUCAUUGGCCUACUGGCCAGUCCCGGCCGUUACGCCAAACGCCAUGGCCCCGACCGCCAGGGCAUGGACUUUCUCACACACCGCGGAUGAUGACUGGGCUGAGGCCGCAGGGGUGCUUCGGAGACUCGCACGCGCAACUUACUGUCUGAAGUGGAUCGACCUAGAGGGCUGUGGGGACUGGCUUGAUGCUCUGAACUGCAAUAGUAUCGGACCAAAUGGCGAGACAUAUACCUCGGGCCCGGAGUGGAAUGGAUCGUGGCGGAAUAUUGAGUUCGUUCGGUUGGGACCUGGCUGGCUUCCGCCAAUUGAUGAUAGCGAGCUGCUUCCAGCCUAUUCAUCCUCCCGGUCACUGGCCACAUCCAUUCAUUCCCCGGUGCGAGAUGGCUCCGAAGAGACCGAUCUACCUUGGGAUGUCGAACUGGAGCGGAUCAAAUAUCGGCGGAGCAAAGAAAUCGAGCGGUUCCGAGAGAUCUUACAAAGGGCGAAGGAGGUGCAGCAGCGUGUGCAACGGGUUCGAAGAGAGGGUAAAGGCAAAUGGGCGCAGUUCUCCUUUGGGCUCGAAGGACUUGAUGAGGCUGUUCUCAAGACGCUUAUUGGCGCCGAUUGCUUACAGUUUCUUCCCUGA